AUGAUGGUAGUGACCGACCUCCAAAGUUUAAUUGCUGCUGGGGGUAGUUUUAUCAUCUUACCAGAACCUUCAACCCACCUCUCACUCUCUCUCUCUCACACUCUCUCUCUCUCUCUCUCUCUCUCUCUCUCUCUCUCUCUCUCUCUCUCUCUUUCUUUCUCUCGCUGUGUUAAUAUAUAUUACUCCUUUCUCUCAGUCGUCCCCUCUCUCUAUAUCUCUGUCCCAUCUCGCUCUCUCUGUUUUUAUAUACAUAUGACUUUCCUCUCCCUCUUCCUCUCUUUUCCUCUCACACGGUGUUCAUAUAUAUAUAUAUAUAUAUCAUUCUUUCCACUCUUUCUCUUCACUUAUCCUCUUUCUUUAUAUCACUACUCACCCUCUCUCUCUCUCUCUCUCUCUCUCUCUCUCUCUCUCUUUGUGUUCCUUUUAGCAAUUUCAACCCUAGCGCAACUACAACGAUGUUACUAUCGAGCGUGGCCUUGUCAGUUGGCCCAAUCAUGA